AAAGCCAAACGCGGCUUCGCCUACAAUGACGCGGGCCUCGUCGACCGUUUUACGAAGAGCGUGCAGUGCACCAAGUGUUCAUGGGCAUACAAUUGGGACUCCACCGACUACGGACUUCUCCAGCCUUCGCUCGAUUUUGUACCGAUGCUGUGGAGCCCCGCUCCAGAACAAACCGAGCGCUGGCCGCAGAAUGUGGAGGCAAUGAUAUUGAGUGGAUCUACCCACAUCCUCAGUUUUAACGAGUGCGAUAGACCUGACCAGUGCAAUCUGAAUGCUGAAGCUGCCGCCGCAGCUCAUGUGGAAUUCGUCAACGGGUACGCUAGUCGACAUGGAGUCAAGAUUGGGUCGCCCGCGAUCAGCAACAGCGCUGUCGCCGGCCAAGGUCUCAGCUGGUUGGGGUCAUGGGUGCAGGCAUGCGAUAGCCUACCUGUACGCUGCAAGUAUGAUUUCUGCGUUGCCCACUGGUACGGCGACUCUGUGGAAGGCCUUUUGAUUCAUUUGUCAUCGGUUCGCGACAUAUGUCGCGAUAAAUCUGUCUGGCUUACUGAGUUUGCUGUCGAUCACGGUAGCGAUGAGCAACAUGCCGCGUUUAUCACUGCCGUCAUUCCACUUCUGGACGCAAUUGAUUAUCUUGAGCGGUACGCUUAUUUCAAGGUCAGAGAUGGCCGCUUUGUCUACGGCCCCACAAUCACGCCAUCCGGCCAGGCAUAUGCCGAG